GGAAAAAUAUUUGAUAAGAAACCGUUUCAGAUAGAAUUGCAAGCCGGUAAAAAAUAUUACUGGUGUCUUUGUGGAGCUAGUAAAACACAGCCGUUUUGUGACGGAAGCCAUAAAGUUUUAUGGGGAUACCAAGAAAUAAAAACAGAUUACAAAUGGCAGCCAUUGAAUUUCACAGUAGAUGAAACCAAAAACUACUGGCUUUGUAAUUGUAAACAAUCUAAUAAUCGGCCAUUUUGUGACGGCACUCAUAAACAAGAACAUAUCCAAAGA